AUGGCAGACUCGACAGACCAGUUCACGCUCAACAUCAAGGGCCCGAGCGAUCUCAAGCUCUCGGUCUCGGUCCCGUCGACCGCCACGGUCGCUGACCUCAAGGAGGCGAUCUCCAAGGACAAGGACGAGUUCCCCGUCGACCAGCAGCGCCUCAUCUUCUCCGGCAGGGUGCUCAAGAACGAGGACCUCCUCACCAAGUACGGCGUCAAGUCGGGCGUCGCCAUCCACCUCGUCAAGGGCGCUCGCCCCGCUGGCGCCGCCGCGACCGGCUCUACGCCCGCCGCACGUCUGCCGUCCGAGGCCGCCGGCGUCCCGUCCAACUUUGCCGCGGGCCAGCAGGUCAUGGGCAACCCGCUCGCGCCUCUCAUGAACGCGCAGUACGCUGGACAGCUUGGCGGGUUCAACCCGUUCCAGCAGAUGGGCGUCAACCCGAACGACCCCAACUACAUCCAGAGCAUGAUGAACAACCCCGAGGUCCAGGCGCAGAUGAACCAGCUCCUCCAGGACCCGGCCGUCAUCGACCAGAUGAUCGCCUCGAGCCCUGAGCUGCAGCAGAUGGGUCCCAUGGUCCGCCAGAUGAUGCAGUCGCCUCAGUUCCGCCAGAUGCUCUCCAACCCCCAGCUCAUGCAUCAGAUGACGCAGAUGAUGCGCAGCGGUGGCGGCAUGCCCGGCAUGGGCGGCAUGGGCGGCCUCGGCGGGCUCGGCGGGUUCGGCGGUGCGGGCGCGCAGGGAGGGCAGCAGGGUGGUGCCGGCGCGGGAGCGGGCAUGUACAACCCGUGGGCGUCGACAGCGCCUGCGCCGUCAUCGGACGCUGCGGGUGGCGCGGGUGCGGGUGCGGCGGCGGGCGGCGAGGCGGCGACGGGCGCAGGGUCCCCUCCCCCGGCGGCGAACCCGUUCGCGGCGCUCCUUGGCGGUCAGGGUGCGGGCGCCGGGACGGGGCAGCAGCCCGACAUGGCGCAGGCGAUGGCGCAGCUGCAGCAGAUGCAGCAGCUGUUUGGCGGCAUGGGCGGCGCCGGCGCGGGUGCGGGCGGGCAGGCGGGUGCGCCGCAGCAGAGCCCCGAGGAGCGGUACUCGAACGAGCUCGAGCAACUGCGCAACAUGGGCUUCACGAACGCGACGAGGAACGUGAGGGCGUUGCUGGCGUCCGGUGGCUUCCUCGAGAGCGCCAUUGCCUGGCUCCUCGAGAACCCCGAGUUCGCGUUCGGCGACAGCUGGUCGGCCAACGGGUACGAGGCGCAUCGAGGGUACAACCUAUCGCUCCAGCCUCUCAAGACGAGCACAGGCGGACCAACAUGGCUCGACUUUCUCGGCUCCUCGAUGAGUACACCGCACCUGCGCACGUCGCAUUACAACCUCGCCGUCGCGGGCGCAACCGUCCUCCACGGCGCGAGGGCGCCGAUGUUGCCCAACGUCAGCCUCUCGGACCAAGUCGAUCUGUUCGUGACGUGCUUCACGACGUUCGCCGUCUUUGACGCUCAAAUCGAGCGUCUGUACGCUCUCGGAGCUCGCCACUUCCUCCUCUUCUCGGUGCCACCGUACGAGCGCGCGCCCGUCGUCGUCGCGGCGAAUCGCCUCGUCGGCGACGUCAGGGUCAAGCUCGGCGCGUCCAUCGCGGCGUGGAACGCCGGCCUGCGCCUGUACGUGCGCGAGAUUCCGAGGCGGUACCCGGGUGCGAGCGUCGAGCUGUUCGACUUAUUGUCGUGGUUCGACGAGCUGCUCGACCGGGCCGACGAGUACGGCUUCGUCAACACGAAGAGCUGGUGCCCGUCGUACGCUCGAGGGAGCGGCGUUCCCGCCGUCCCGGCGAACCUGAGCCUCGAGGAGUGCAGCGGGUCCCUCAUGCAGCACCUCUGGUACGACGGCGUCCACCCGACCUGGGCCGUACAGCGGCUCCUCGCGGCGAGCGUGCGAGAGCAGCUCUCUCGCAGCACGGCGAGCUCAACGCACGGGCUUCCUUCGCAGAGCGAGGUCGACAGGCAUUUCCCGCUCGAGCACGCGACAGAGGAGGAGAGGAGCGAAGCAGAGAGCGAGUACCGCAGGACGGUCUUGAGCGGGCAGGAGGAAGGGUCGACGGCGGCGAGCGCGCACGACGACGGCGUGCCGACCUUGUUCCCCGUGCUCGCCUGA